AUGGCAGACGUGAAAGCAGAACACGUUUCUACCGUAAAACGCAAGACCGAUACCCCAGAAUCCAUCGGCGAAACUCUAGACAAAGAAGAACAUGAAGCCGAUUCCAUCAAGAAGCGAAAGCUCGAAACCCCCUCAUGCAAUGACGCCUUUUCAUGUGCUGCGGAUGAGAAAAACCCCGACUUAAAGCAACAUCAUAACACUUCUCAUCACGAAGAUGAAGAAGAGGAUGAUGACGAUGAUCAAGAAGAUUACGAAGGUGAAGAAGACAAACAGUCGGAUGGUGAAGAAGCAAUUCUUAAUGGUAAGGGGAAGGGUAAGGGGAUUGUGAGGGAUGAUAAAGGGAAAGGGAAAUUGAUUGAGGAAUCCGAUCAUGAUGAUGAUGAUUCCAGUGAUGAUUGUGAAAGUGAAUUGUCUGGUUUUGAUAGUGAUCUGGCGGAUGAUCCGCUUGCCGAGGUCGAUUUGGAUAAUAUUCUGCCUUCCAGGACACAACGGAGUGCUAUUCAACCUGGAUUCCAUAUCUCCGAUGAUCGCAACCAGGGUAGUGAUGCUUAA